CCCCAUUGAGUUUCGGCUGUUUUGAUCACGGGAUUGUCAGGCGCUAGUUUAAGUUAGACGAAGCUAAGACGGAAAGGAAAAAUGCAGUCCGUACGAAAACGUCGAGGCAACGAUUUACAUAUGAAUAGCCCUCCUGGUGUUUUGAAGAGAAAUGACUCAGGGAAACAAAAACAGCCCUUCCACUUCGACCUGUGGCUCUGUUUGACUCUGCAGAACUGGAUACUGGACUUUGGAAGGCCCAUUGUCAUGAUCUGCCUUCCUCUGGAGUGGUUUCCCCUGAACAAGCCCAGUGCUGGAGACUAUUUCCACAUGGCCUACAAUGUGAUAACGCCAUUCCUAAUGCUCAAGCUGAUCGAGCGCAGUCCAAAGGCGCUGUCUCGCACUGCUGUCUACCUCUGCAUCAUCUUUUUUGUCAUGGGGGCCAGCAUCCACCUGGUGGGAGACUCCAUCAACCACCGGCUAAUCCUGAGUGGCUACCAGCUCCAUCUGUCUGUCAGAGAGAACCCCAUCAUCAAAGACCUAAAACCUGCUUCACUGAUCGACUCCUUUGAGCUGCUGUAUUAUUAUGACGAACAGCUGGGACACCUAAUGUGGUACAUUCCUUUCUUCAUCAUUCUGGUCAUCUAUUUCGCCGGCUGCUUCUCCAACGCUAAAGAACAGAAGAAGGUUCCCAUCUCUGGCUGGCUGUUGCUUGGACCCAGCUCUCUCUACUAUUGGUACUUGGUCACUGAAGGACAAAUCACUGAACUUUUCCUCGUCACCUUCCUUGCCAUGGUAGCCAUGGUAAUAUAUCAACGGCGUUUAGGCCUCAGCCCAGACACUAACGGCCUGUUCCUGUUCUACAGUUUUAUUGUUACUGUGGUCCUGGUGGCUCUGUGGGUGGCCUAUCUGUGGAACGACCCGGUGCUUCGCAACAAGUACCCUGGACUUUUUUAUGUGCCAGAACCCUGGUCCUUCUACACCUUGCAUAUUAAGUAGAGAGCCCCUGAACGACGUGUCCAUGUCCUGUGUGUUUCUGAAUGACAGAAACCACUUGUGUUGGUGCAAACUGACGGACAGAUUGACUUUUCCACAGAGACAGUUCACGCAACUGGACAAAUUAUGUGCACCAAAUUUGCUGUUCAGUUGAAGGCUCGGCAACUUUCAGAAGUAUUCACAAAGGAGUUUGUCUCCUCUGUUCGGGUUUACAGUUUUGGUUCUGAGGUAGUUCCUUGUUUAACUGAGUUUCAUUGAUCUAUAUUCAUGCAUGUGAAAUGUUGCCCUCUUUGGUCUGACUUUGCAUAGACAAUCAGAUCUAAGAAGCACUGCUCUGAUCUGAGGUUGUGAAAAAUAUAAGUAAGUAGACGAGCACAGUACAUCAGGUACAUGUGACACUCAUCGGGGGAAAACAAAGCUCUUCAAUUCUUAAAACACUUUAACGGUAAAUGAUGUUAAAUGCAGGAACUACCUCGAGGAUUUAAACGGUUCUAUAAUGGAGUGUCGUGUAAAAGAAAAUGUUUCGAUAAUAAAAUGCUUUCAGUCAACUCUUAAGCACUCAGGGAGGGUGAGGACCUUUUAGGAAACCAGCCAUGUUAAAAAAAAAAAAAAAAGUACUUCUGGCACAAGUUCACCUGCUACCAAGAAGGAAAAGAAACUGUAGAAAGGUCAAGACGCCGCCAGCGCUAAGAAAAAAACUUUCAGGUGAUCAAAGUCGAUAGGACACUUGGCUUCAAAGGUGUUUCAUGGACAGAUGUGAGAUGUUGUUUUUUGAAUUAUUUAUUCGUCAGUUAAGCAGAAUAAAGGUCUGGAGUUGAUUCUUUAGUGUGGUAUUAGCAUUUGGAAACAGCUGCUGUGAAUCCACAACAUGUGUUUAAAGGAGCUCUCAGCACCGGGGAAAAGGGACUAUCAAACAAACCCAUCAGAGAGAUAGCGCGAACAUUAGGCUUAAUCAGUAGUCUGGUACAUUUUGAAGGAAAAGAUAACAACACCACUGGUGAUAAUAUAACGAGGUAUGGACGAGCACAGAGAGAGCUCAUUCAAAAGGUCCGAAAAUCUGUGAUUUUCUGUGAGCAUCCUAAAAUUACAGCAUCUGCACAUUACAGCUAUGUCCAUUAUACAACUGUUACUUCAAUGUGUUUUGGUAACCGGCUUAAAUAAUGAAAACUGUGUCUGUGCCCCAAUAUCUAAAUCUGUACUGAUACCAUGUCAUGCAAGAUUAAUGAACUUUACAGAACUUCAUAGUAGUUGCAUUGGAAGAACUAAUGUCUCACAGUGGUAGGAAAAUGAUCAGAGGCCUGAAAUGGUCUAAUAUAUUAAUACAAAACCAAAAAAGAUUUAAAUAAGAAGAUAAAAGACAAUGUUAAAAUAAUCUGAAUACAUUCGUUGGUCGAUGACGUCCAUAAAAAUGAGUUUUGAAGCAGGAUUUGAACUCGGUUUGUCAGAUAUUAUAUCAGGUCAGUUCCACGCUUUCACGGUUGCUUUUCAAUUAAUUUUAUAUUGUCGUUAUUUUCUGUGUAAGAUACGUUAACUUUUGCCUUCAUGCACUCGCUCACCACAUGUUGUACUGCAUUAUUUUUGAUGAAAUGGUUUUGCUUUUAAGAUGAAAAGAACUCUUCAAGUGUUUGUUGUUUUGCUUUUUUUUUUUACACCUAAAGUGGAUGUUUUUGCCUUUAUUCAUAAUGCUAAUGUGCAAAUUUUAAUGUUUGCUAUAGCAUUCUUCAUGCUGGUGCUUUAGAAAUUGAAUUUUCUGUAUGUUUAUUCGAAUGAAAAUCAAAUGAAAUUUAAAACCUGACAUUCUGCUGAGAGCUUCUGACUUGCAUUUCUAUCUAAAAUUACAUUAUUUGACUGUGAAUGUGUUUUUAAUAAACCCUGCGGUUAAAA